CUCAGUGUGGUGGAGCUCGGCCGCCAUGGGUGCCGGCAGCUGGGGGCAAGCCCUGCCCCUCUGGGCCCUUCUCCUGCUCGCCUCCUCCUCCAGGCAGCAGCAGCAGCCAGGGCAUGACACUCCUCGAGUUCUGUACAACCUCCCCGGCGCCCUGCAGAAGCAGGACUCCUUCUCCGGCAGCCCGCUCCGAGUCUCCAUGCCGGUGAUGACCACCAUCUCACCCAUCAAGACCUACAGCCCCUCCCACAAUGGCCAAGUCUGCAGCACCUGGGGGGACUUCCACUACAAGACCUUCGAUGGCGACAUCUUCCACUUUCCCGGCCUCUGCAACUAUGUCUUCUCCUCCCACUGCAAGUCGCCCUACGAGGACUUCAACAUCCAAAUCCGGCGCUCCCCGGGGCCCAACGCCACCACGACCGUGAGCCGCGUCACCCUCAAGCUGGAGGGGACCGUGCUGGAAAUGAGCCCGGGCGCCAUCUUGGUCAAUGGCAAACCGGCCCAGCUGCCCUUCAGCCAGGCGGGCAUCCUGGUCGAGAAGAGCAGCACUUAUGUGAGGGUCGUGGCCAAGCUGGGCCUCGUGUUCCUGUGGAACCAAGACGAUGGGCUCCUGCUGGAACUGGACGCCAAAUACGCCAACCAGACCUGUGGCCUCUGCGGAGACUUCAACGGCGUCCCCACCUAUAACGAGUUCUUCUCCAACAACAUCAGGCUGACCGCGGCCCAGUACGGGAACAUGCAGAAGAUGGACGGGCCCACGGAGCAGUGCCAGGACCCCCUGCCGGCCGCCCCGCACAACUGCACGGACCCCUUUGACAUCUGCGAGACCGUCCUCCUCAGCGCCCCCUUCUUCGCCUGCCACGCCCUGGUGGACGUGGACAGCUACGUGGAGGCUUGCCGCCAGGACGCGUGCCGCUGCGACGAGGGCCAGCGGGCCGCCUGCAUCUGCGGCACUGUGGCGGAGUACUCGCGGCAGUGUGCCCAUGCUGGGGGGCUGCCCGCCAACUGGAGGGGCCCCAAGCUGUGCCCCAAGACCUGCCCCUGGAACAUGCAGUACCGAGAGUGCGGCUCCCCCUGCGUGGACACGUGCUCCAACCACGAGCAGUCCCCGCUCUGUGAAGAACACUGUGUGGACGGCUGCUUCUGCCCUCCAGGAACGGUCUUCGACGACAUCAGCGGCCAAGGCUGUGUCCCGGUGAAUCAGUGCUUCUGUACGUACAAAGGACAGCCCUACGCCCCCGGAGCCUUCUACUCCACCGAAUGCACCAACUGCACCUGCUCUGGAGGCCAGUGGAGCUGCCAGGAUCUCCCCUGCCCCGGCACCUGCUCUGUGACCGGCGGCUCCCACUUCUCUACCUUUGAUGAGAAGCAUUACACAGUCCACGGGGACUGCAACUAUGUCCUGGUCAAGCCCUGUGAUGACAAGGCCUUCACCGUGCUGACGGAGCUCCGCAAGUGUGGGCUGACUGACAGCGAGACCUGCCUCAAGAGUGUGUCCCUCAGCGUUGGGCAGACGGUGAUUGUGAUCAAGUCCACCGGGGAGGUGUUUGUGAACCGGAUUUACACUCAGCUGCCUGUCUCAGCAGGAAAUGCUACCCUCUUCAGACCUUCGUCCUCCUUCAUCAUCGCUCAGACCAACCUGGGCCUCCAGCUGACCAUCCAGCUCAGCCCCAUCAUGCAAGUCUUUGUGAGACUGGAGCCGUCCCUGCAGGGGCUGACCUGCGGUCUCUGUGGGAACUUCAACAACAUUCAGGCCGACGACUUCAGGACCAUGAGCGGGGUGGUGGAGGGCACGGCCGCUGCCUUUGUCAACACCUACAAGACACAAGCUGACUGUCCCAACGUCAAGAAUCACUUUGAGGACCCGUGCACGCUCAGUGUGGAGAAUGAGAAAUAUGCCCAGCAUUGGUGCGGCCUGCUCACCGACCCACAAGGACCCUUUGCCCUGUGUCACGCGGUGGUCAGCCCGGCCCUUUACCAUCGGAACUGCAUGUUUGACACUUGCAACUGUGAGAAGAGCGAGGACUGUCUGUGUGCGGCGCUAUCCUCCUAUGUGCAAGCCUGUGCUGCCCAGGGAGUGCUUCUGAGCGGCUGGAGGGCCGGUGUCUGCACCAAGUCCAUGUCAUGCCCCAAGUCCCUGACGUACCACUACCACAUCACCACGUGCCAGCCUACCUGCCGCUCACUCAGUGAGCCCGAUGUCACCUGCGGUAUCAAGUUCGUCCCCGUGGAUGGCUGCGCCUGCCAGGAAGGCACCUUCAUGGAUGACACUGGCAAAUGUGUGCCUUUGGCCAGCUGCCCAUGCUACUACCAAGGGUCUGCCCUUCCAAAUGGCGAGUCUGUGCAUGACAACGGGGCCAUCUGCACCUGUACCCAGGGCAGACUGAACUGCAUUGGAGGCCAGGUCCCGAAGCCAGCCUGUACCGCCCCCAUGGUCUACUUUGACUGCAGAAAUGCCUCAGCAGGAGCGACUGGAGCGGAGUGUCAAAAAAGCUGUCACACUCUGGACAUGGCCUGUUAUAACAGCCAGUGCGUCUCCGGUUGCGUGUGCCCGGAUGGGUUGGUGUCUGAUGGAGAAGGAGGCUGCAUCCACAAGGAUCAGUGCCCUUGUGUCCACAACGAGGCUAACUACCAGCCAGGCGAGACCAUUCAGGUGGAGUGCAAUACCUGCACCUGCAAGAAUCGAAUGUGGGAGUGUACGAAGGAGCCCUGCCUGGGCACGUGUGCCGUGUAUGGGGAUGGCCACUACAUCACCUUUGAUGGCCAGCGCUAUAGCUUCAGUGGGAAUUGCGAGUAUACACUGGUCCAGGACCACUGUGGGAAGAAUAGCAGUGGCAAGGGGACUUUCCGAGUCAUCACUGAGAACAUCCCCUGUGGGACCACAGGCACCACUUGCUCCAAGGCCAUCAAGAUCUUCUUGGGGAGCUAUGAGCUAAAACUCAGUGAAGGGAAGGUGGAAGCGAUGGAGAAGGAGGGUGCCAAGGGGGAGCCGCCUUACAGCAUCCGUCAGAUGGGCAUCUACCUGAUUGUGGACACCAAUGCUGGGCUGGUCCUGCUGUGGGACAAGAAGACCAGCAUCUUUAUUCAACUCAGCCAAGACUUCAAGGGCAAGGUCUGCGGUCUCUGCGGGAAUUAUGACGGCAACACCGUCAACGACUUCACCACCAGGAGCCUGUCCGUGGUAGGCGAUGUGCAGGAGUUCGGCAACAGCUGGAAGCUCUCCCCCACCUGCCCGGAUGCCGUUCCCGUCAGGGACCCCUGCACCGCCAACCCUUACCGCAAAGCCUGGGCCCAGAAGCAGUGCAGCAUCAUCAACAGCGCCGUCUUCGCAGCCUGCCAUCCCCACGUUGAACCCACUAAGUACUAUGAGGCUUGUGUGUCGGACGCCUGCGCCUGCGACACAGGGGGAGACUGCGAGUGCUUCUGCACGGCCGUGGCCGCCUACGCUCAAGCCUGCAACGAGAUCAGCGUCUGUGUCUCCUGGAGGACCCCCAGCAUCUGCCCUCUGUUCUGCGACUACUACAAUCCCAAUGGCUCCUGUGAGUGGCACUACCAGCCCUGCGGUGCCCCCUGCAUGAAGACCUGCCACAAUCCAAGUGGGAAGUGCUCCCAUAACGUCCGAGGACUGGAAGGCUGCUACCCCAAGUGCCCUCCAGAGGCGCCCAUCUUCGAUGAGGAUAAGAUGGAGUGUGUCCAGAGCUGCGCUCCGUGCUAUAUCCGAGGAAGAUACUACCCGCCGGGCUCCCCAGUGCCCUCGGACCAGAACUGCCACUCAUGCUCCUGCACCGAGGCAGGCAUCAAGUGCACUUAUGACUCAAAGGCAUGUGUCUGCACUUACGAAGGGCGGAGUUUCCAUCCUGGGGAGAUCAUUUACCACACCACAGAUGGCACCGGGGGCUGCAUUACUGCCACCUGCAGCGCCAAUGGCACUAUAGUGGGCAAGGUGUAUGACUGUGACUUCACCACCCCAGCCCCCUCAACCACCUUUUCCUUCUCUCACACCACAUUAGGUCGUCAUUCUACAUGCCAAGGACACAAAGUUACAUCAGUCCCACCUGUGACUUCAUUGGCUACAGAACAUUUCACGACUCCCUUGCCUAUGACAGGCCCAACUGUAACUGUAACGAAAUCGGAAACCACGGAGUGUGUUAAAGAGGUUUGCACUUGGUCUCCUUGGUUGGAUGUCAGCCACCCGGGAACAGGGGCCAACAGUGGAGAUUUUGAUACCCUGGAGAACAUCAGAGCAGAGGGCUAUCGAGUUUGCAGCUCUCCAAGAGGGGUAGAAUGCAGGGCUGCAGAGUUCCCCGCUGUGCCGUGGCAGGAGCUCAACCAAACCGUGGAGUGUAGCACAACACAGGGACUGAUCUGUCACAAUAAGGAUCAGGCAUCUGGAAAAUGUGAAAACUACCAGAUCAGAAUUUUAUGCUGCACUUCUCAGUCAUGUGAGCCCAGCACUGUCAGGGCUCCCACGACAGAACCACACUCCCAAAGCACAGUUACUCCUGCCACCUCAACAUCAAGCCCAUCCACGAUACCAGAACCAGAGAGUCACUCGACCAAAACCACAGUCUCUCCGACAACAAAGGAAAAGGAGACAACAGAAAGUCACUCUCCUUCCCCAAAGACACUCGAAAACAGCAGUCACUCUCCUAAGGUGACAUCAGUGGAGGUGAGAACAGUGCCAGUGACAAACCCAUGCCUUCAAGAAGUCUGUGAAUGGACAGCCUGGAUAGAUGGGAGUUAUCCUAGCCCGGAUAUAAAUGGGGGAGAUUUUGACACCUUUAAACAUUUAAGAUCGGAAGGAUACAAGUUUUGUGAUGUCCCUACAGAAGUGGAGUGUAGAGCUAAAAGCUUCCCGAACACACCUUUGGAAGAGCUGGAGCAGAAUGUGACUUGUAGCAAGACAGAAGGGCUGGUGUGUCUGAACAAAGAUCAGCUCCCACCCAUAUGCUACAACUAUGAGAUCCGGAUAAAGUGCUGUUGGAAGGAAAAUGUCUGUGGUCCAAAAGAGCGGACCACGUCAAGGACAUACACUACACAGACACCAAAAUCACAUGGAGUGACCAAAAUAACCACAGAACAGAAGCCCACAGUGAAACCAACCUGUCAGCCACAGUGCUCCUGGACCAAGUGGUUUGAUGUGGACUUCCCAUCAUCAGAACCCAGUGGUGGAGAUGAGGAAACCUACAACAAUAUCAUGGCAAGAGGGGAGAAAAUCUGUCACAAGCCUGAAUAUAUCACAGAGCUUGAAUGUCGUUCAGAGUCUCACCCUGGGGUUAGCAUUAAUGAGACAGGUCAGGUGGUCGAGUGUAACCCUGACUAUGGGCUCAUCUGCAGGAACCAAGAUCAGAAGGGGAAAUUCAAGAUGUGUCUUAACUAUGAGAUCCGUGUCCUCUGUUGCGAACCCAUGGACAACUGUCCCAUUACAUCUCCAACCACUCCCACUACCACAUCGGUUACAACAAAGCCAAGUCCUGAGACAACCUCCCAUUCUGUACCCAUCACAGCCACUUCACCUCCAACUUCACCCCAAACUCCAACAACCUCAGUUACUACAUCUCCAACCACUCCCACGACCACAUCGGUCACUACAAAGCCAAGUCCUGAGACCACCUCCCAUUCUGUGCCCACUACAACCACUUCACCUCCAUCUUCACCCCAAACUCCAACGACCUCGGUUACUACAUCUCCAACCACUCCCACGACCACAUCGGUUACAACAAAGCCAAGUCCUGAGACCACCUCCCAUUCUGUGCCCACUACAACCACUUCACCUCCAACUUCACCCCAAACUCCAACGACCUCGGUUACUACAUCUCCAACCACUCCCACGACCACAUCGGUCACUACACAGCCAAGUCCUGAGACCACCACCCAUUCUGUGCCCACUACAACCACUUCACCUCCAUCUUCACCCCAAACUCCAACGACCUCGGUUACUACAUCUCCAACCACUCCCACAACCACAUCGGUUACAACAAAGCCAAGUCCUGAGACCACCUCCCAUUCUGUGCCCACCACAACCACUUCACCUCCAUCUUCACCCCAAACUCCAACGACUUCAAUUUCCACAACACCAACCACAACUCCUAGCACAUCUACCCACCCACCUACCCCCAGCUGUCAGCCACAGUGCUCGUGGACCAAGUGGUUUGAUGUGGACUUCCCAUCAUCUGGACCCAAUGGUGGAGAUGAGGAAACCUACAACAACAUCAUGGCAAGAGGAGAGAAAAUCUGUCAUAAGCCUGAAUAUAUCACAGAGCUUGAAUGUCGUUCAGAGUCUCACCCUGGGGUUAGCAUUAAUGAGACAGGUCAGGUGGUCGAGUGUAACCUGGACUACGGACUCAUCUGCAGGAACCAAGAUCAGAAGGGGAAAUUCAAGAUGUGUUUCAACUAUGAGAUCCGUGUCCUCUGUUGUGAACCCGUGAACUGCCUCAUCACCACUACUACAUCUCCAACCACUCCCACGACCACAUCGGUCACUACAAAGCCAAGUCCCGAGACAACUUCCCAUUCUGUGUCCACCACAACCACCUCAACUCCAUCAUCACCCCAAACUCCAACGACUUCGGUUUCCACAACACCAACCACAACUCCUAGCACAUCUACCCACCCAUCUACCCCCAGCUGUCAGCCACAGUGCUCAUGGACCAAGUGGUUUGAUGUGGACUUCCCAUCAUCUGGACCCAAUGGUGGAGAUGAGGAAACCUACAACAACAUCAUGGCAAGAGGAGAGCAAAUCUGCCACAAGCCUGAAUACAUCACAGAGCUUGAAUGUCGUUCAGAAUCUCACCCUGAGGUUAGCAUUAAUGAGACAGGUCAGGUGGUCGAGUGUAACCCUGACUAUGGGCUCAUCUGCAGGAACCAAGAUCAGAAGGGGAAAUUCAAGAUGUGUUUCAACUAUGAGAUCCGUGUCCUCUGUUGUGAACCCGUGAACUGCCCCAUCACCACUACUACAUCUCCAACCACUCCCACGACCACAUCGGUCACUACAAAGCCAAGUCCCGAGACAACUUCCCAUUCUGUGUCCACCACAACCACCUCAACUCCAUCAUCACCCCAAACUCCAACGACUUCAGUUUCCACAACACCAACCACAACUCCUAGCACAUCUACCCACCCAUCUACCCCCAGCUGUCAGCCACAGUGCUCGUGGACCAAGUGGUUUGAUGUGGACUUCCCAUCAUCUGGACCCAAUGGUGGAGAUGAGGAAACCUACAACAACAUCAUGGCAAGAGGAGAGAAAAUCUGCCACAAGCCUGAAUACAUCACAGAGCUUGAAUGUCGUUCAGAAUCUCACCCUGAGGUUAGCAUUAAUGAGACAGGUCAAGUGGUCGAGUGUAACCCUGACUAUGGGCUCAUCUGCAGGAACCAAGAUCAGAAGGGGAAAUUCAAGAUGUGUUUCAACUAUGAGAUCCGUGUCCUCUGCUGUGAACCCGUGAACUGCCCCAUCACCACUACUACAUCUCCAACCACUCCCAUAACCACAUCGGUCACUACAAAGUCAAGUCCUGAGACCACCUCCCAUUCUGUGCCCACCACAACCACCUCAACUCCAUCAUCACCCCAAACUCCAACAACUUCGGUUUCCACAACACCAACCACAACUCCUAGCACAUCUACCCACCCAUCUACCCCCAGCUGUCAGCCACAGUGCUCGUGGACCAAGUGGUUUGAUGUGGACUUCCCAUCAUCUGGACCCAAUGGUGGAGAUGAGGAAACCUACAACAACAUCAUGGCAAGAGGAGAGAAAAUCUGUCACAAGCCUGAAUAUAUCACAGAGCUUGAAUGUCGUUCAGAGUCUCACCCUGGGGUUAGCAUUAAUGAAACAGGUCAGGUGGUCGAGUGUAACCCUGACUAUGGGCUCAUCUGCAGGAACCAAGAUCAGAAGGGGAAAUUCAAGAUGUGUUUCAACUAUGAGAUCCGUGUCCUCUGCUGUGAACCCGUGAACUGCCCCAUCACCACUACUACAUCUCCAACCACUCCCACAACCACAUCGGUCACUACAAAGUCAAGUCCUGAGACCACCUCCCAUUCUGUGCCCACCACAACCACCUCAACUCCAUCAUCACCCCAAACUCCAACGACUUCAGUUUCCACAACACCAACCACAACUCCUAGCACAUCUACCCACCCAUCUACCCCCAGCUGUCAGCCACAGUGCUCGUGGACCAAGUGGUUUGAUGUGGACUUCCCAUCAUCUGGACCCAAUGGUGGAGAUGAGGAAACCUACAACAACAUCAUGGCAAGAGGAGAGAAAAUCUGCCACAAGCCUGAAUACAUCACAGAGCUUGAAUGUCGUUCAGAAUCUCACCCUGAGGUUAGCAUUAAUGAGACAGGUCAAGUGGUCGAGUGUAACCCUGACUAUGGGCUCAUCUGCAGGAACCAAGAUCAGAAGGGGAAAUUCAAGAUGUGUUUCAACUAUGAGAUCCGUGUCCUCUGCUGUGAACCCGUGAACUGCCCCAUCACCACUACUACAUCUCCAACCACUCCCACAACCACAUCGGUCACUACAAAGUCAAGUCCUGAGACCACCUCCCAUUCUGUGCCCACCACAACCACCUCAACUCCAUCAUCACCCCAAACUCCAACGACUUCGGUUUCCACAACACCAACCACAACUCCUAGCACAUCUACCCACCCACCUACCCCCAGCUGUCAGCCACAGUGCUCGUGGACCAAGUGGUUUGAUGUGGACUUCCCAUCAUCUGGACCCAAUGGUGGAGAUGAGGAAACCUACAACAACAUCAUGGCAAGAGGAGAGAAAAUCUGUCACAAGCCUGAAUACAUCACAGAGCUUGAAUGUCGUUCAGAGUCUCACCCUGGGGUUAGCAUUAAUGAGACAGGUCAGGUGGUCGAGUGUAACCCUGACUAUGGGCUCAUCUGCAGGAACCAAGAUCAGAAGGGGAAAUUCAAGAUGUGUUUCAACUAUGAGAUCCGUGUCCUCUGCUGUGAACCUGUGAACUGCCCCAUCACCACUACUACAUCUCCAACCACUCCCACAACCACAUCGGUCACUACAAAGCCAAGUCCCGAGACAACUUCCCAUUCUGUGCCCACCACAACCACCUCAACUCCAUCAUCACCCCAAACUCCAAUGACUUCGGUUUCCACUCCAACUGAAAAAAUACCAUCCACAACACCAACCACAACCCCUAGCACAUCUACCUACUCACCUACCCCCAGCUGUCAGCCACAAUGCUCAUGGACCAAGUGGUUUGAUGUGGACUUCCCAUCAUCUGGACCCAAUGGUGGAGAUGAGGAAACCUACAACAACAUCAUGGCAAGAGGAGAGAAAAUCUGUCACAAGCCUGAACACAUCACAGAGCUUGAAUGUCGUUCAGAAUCUCACCCUGAGGUUAGCAUUAAUGAGACAGGUCAGGUGGUCGAGUGUAACCCUGACUAUGGGCUCAUCUGCAGGAAUCAGGAUCAGAAGGGAAAAUUCAAGAUCUGUUUCAACUAUGAGAUCCGUGUCCUCUGCUGUGAACCCAUGGACAACUGUCCUUCCACAAUGCCCAGUUCAAGUUUGUCACCAACCAUUUCCAUGAAAACAUCAGCCACUACUUUUCUUCCAUCUAGCAAGAUCCCACCAUUCCAUGUUUCUACAACCUUCAGCACCUUGUCUCCACAUUCAAGUUCAUCAUGUUACUGUUUCUUGUCUGGAAAAGUCUAUCCAGCUGGAACUGUCAUAUACAACCAGACGGACAAUGCAGGUUACUGUUACUCUGCCAUUUGUAACAGAGACUGCAGUGUGGAGAGGAUAGCGGAAAGCUGUCCUACAAUAGCUCCCGCUCCCAGCCCAUCGACAUCAGCAUCUACAACCACAGCCAUAGACACUUCAGCAACCACCCCCAGAUUGCCAUCAGCAUCUUCAUCUCGCCCUCCAGUUACAACAGGAAAAUCAAGUGGUUGCCUGAAUGCAGAACCGCCCAGAAAAAAAGGAGAGACCUGGUUCAUGCACAAGUGCAAGAAAGCCACCUGCGAGGGCGACGAUGUGAUCACACUAACGCCUGUGAGCUGUCCUCCUGUGAAGGAGCUGUCCUGUGCUAAUGGCUACCCUCCUGUGAAGGUCUACGAUGAUGCUGAUCACUGCUGCUACCAUUAUGAGUGUCAAUGUGUGUGCAGUGGCUGGGGAGAUCCUCACUACAUCACCUUUGAUGGGAUCUACUACACAUUUUUGGACAACUGCACAUAUGUACUAGUGCAGCAAAUCCACCCCGUCUAUGACCACUUCCGGGUCCUCAUCGACAACUACUUCUGCGACGCCCAGGAUGGCCUGUCCUGCCCUCGGUCCAUCACUGUCGAGUACAAAGACAAUCGCAUUGUGCUUAUCCGGACUCUGGUCCGUGGAAUGAUGGAGAAUGAGAUUAUUUUCAAUAACCGGACUGUCAGCGCAGGGUUCAAGAAAGACGGCAUUGUGAUCUCCACCCUUGGCAUUAAGAUGUUUGUCACCAUCCCAGAGAUCGGCGUCCAGGUCAUGUUCAGUGGGAUGCUCUUCUCAGUUGAGGUGCCCUUCACCAAGUUUGCCAACAACACGGAAGGGCAGUGUGGGACAUGCACCAACGACAAGAGGGACGAGUGCCGCCUGCCUGAUGGGAAGAUGGCGUCUUCCUGCUCUGCCAUGUCUGGUUCCUGGAAGUACCAUGUGCCCGGCCAGCCAUAUUGUGCCGGGCCGCCCCCCACCCCUCCCGUGCCUUCCCCCACAACGUCAAAGCCCUGCCCUCCUUCUCUUCUCUGCAUGCUGAUCAUGAGCGAGGUCUUUGAAGCGUGUCAUCAUGUCAUACCCCCAGAGCCGUACUUCGAGGGCUGUGUGUAUGACCAGUGCCGCGUCCCCGACGGCCUGGUGUGGUGCUCCAGCUUGGAGCUCUAUGCGUCCCUCUGUGCCGCCGAAGGCGUGUGCAUUGACUGGAGAGGCGAGACCCAGGGGCAAUGUGCUCUUACGUGCCCUGCUGGCCAAGUGUACCAGGCAUGUGGCCCCAUCUACCCACCCACCUGCCAAAGUCCUCAGGGAAGCAUCAACAGCAGCCUGACCCUUCCCGGUAACAUCGGCGUCCUGACUGAAGGCUGCUUCUGCCCCACGGGCACCACCAUGUUCAGCUUCGACUCCGAAGUCUGUGUGCCAGCCACUCCAUCCGAGUGCCACUCCUGGUGCACAGGCCCCAAUGGAGAGCCUGUCAAACCUGGAGCUACGGUGCCCUCGGGUCUCUGUGAAACAUGCAGCUGCGUCCGUGAUGACAAUCCCGAGUCCAAGAAGUCUGUCAUCCACUGUCAGCCCAUAGUCUGCGACACCCACUGCCCAAUGGGCUUCAAGUAUCAAGAGGAGCCGGGCCGUUGCUGUGGCAAAUGUGUCCAGGUGGCCUGCGUGGUGCACACCAACGGCAGCGCGGUGCACCUGGUGAAGCCAGGACAAACGUGGUCUAGUCCUGAGGACAAAUGUGUCCAGUACGAGUGUGAGAAAGUCAAUGGCCAGCUGAUUUUGGUGACCGCGAAGAAGGCCUGUCCGCCUGUGCUGUGCUCCCCGGACCAAGUCAGGAAGAGUGAGGAUGGCUGUUGCCUCGUGUGUCCACCACCGCCCCAGGUUUACCCUUGUGCCGUGGGACGCCACACGCAAGUCAUCCGGAAGGGCAGCUGCAGCUCUCCCACCCCGGUGGAAGUGACCUACUGCCAGGGGAACUGCGGUGACACGAUGUCCAUCUACUCGUUCGAGAGCAACGCGCUGGAACAUCGCUGCCGCUGCUGCCGAGAGCUGAGCACCAGCCAGAGGAACGUGACGCUCACGUGCCCGGAUGGCUCCAGCCUGGCCUUCGCCUUCAGCCAGGUGGAGGAGUGUGGCUGCCAGCGCUUGCGCUGCGACAAGCCGGACGGCGGCAGCGGCGAGGGCGAGGAGAGCGGCGAGAGCGAGGAGGAGCCGGCCCGGAGCCAAGAGACGGGGGCCGCCCCGGCCGCCCAGCGCCCGAGAUAAGCGCCCCCGGAUUGCUGUGGGGGCGGAUGCAGCCCCCGGGCCCGGCCCAGCCUCCCACGCGCCCCUGCUCCCUCCUCCUUUCGCCUUCUCGCGUCGGUCUCUUUGGGGACUUCAGGGCAGCGUCCCUCGCGCCUCCAGAGCUCCGGCGCAGGCAGAUCCGUGGGCAGGAGGAGGCGCCGCGGCCCAGCUCCCUGCCCGGGCUCUCUCUGCCUCCAUGCUGGGCUCAGCAGCACUGUCACAAGCACUGAUCAGUCCCCUCGGGGCCCCUGUCCAGGCCCGUCCCCAGCACACACUCCCAGGGCAGCCUUGCUUCCGGGUGGCCAGCCAGCACCUGCGCCGCCCAAAGUGAAAGACUUUCUGAGACCAGUUUGAAGUCAGGCGGCAGAAGCGAGGGGGCCUGGGACUUACCUGGCCCUGGACACUUUCUCCUCCAGGGAGUGGGGUGCCCCCUGCCCUUGGCCUUGGCCCUGCUGAGCUCUGCCGGGGGCAGGCGCCUUUCUCGGCCCCACUGGCCUUCUCAUCCAAAAAUGUUCACCUGUUCAUCAGAAAUAAAACUUCAGCAUUUUGCA